UUAAAUUCUGGGAUUUUUAUCACACUAACUGGAGUAAAGCACCAGCGGUCAGUGUGUUUGGGGAUCUGUGCUGCCUGCUUGUGUGUGUUUGUGCCAGAAGAUCAAACCUGAACCCAAACAGAACCGAUUUCUGCGGCGAACAAUGCAUCCGGUCCGAGUGUCGAUCCCGUCGUUCCGUUCAGAGAACAGCUCCGUGGAGAAAGGAUUCACGGUCUUUAAAAUUGACGUGCUGGUGAAUGGCAGGCUGCACAGCGUCGAGAAACGCUACAGUGAGUUCCACGCUUUGCACAAAAUGCUGAAAAAGAGCAUAAAACCUCCUGAAAUCCCUUCGAAGCACGUCAGAAACUGGGUCCCCAAAGUUCUGGAGCAGAGGAGGCACGGCCUGGAGCUCUACCUGCAGACUGUAAUUAUGGAAAAUGAAGUCCUCCCAAAGAUAUUCUUGGAUUUCCUCAAAAUCCGCCAUUUUCCUUCAGUGCCAAAAACAGAAAGCUGCGGCUCUUUUGACACAGAAUCAGUGGAGUCAAGUAAACUGUCUCAUCAGCCAGUCAUAGUGUAUCUCAGGGAUCCAUACCUGCUGCCCGCUGCACACGAGACAUUUUCCAACGUUGUGAUCGAAGGCGUGGUGCAUGGAGUUUUCUACCCCGAUGUUCAGCCGAGGUAGAGACCCGAAUGGGAACGUCACCAUGAAACCGAUGCUUCUCACCAGCUUUCGUUUGCACCUGAAGGAAUAUAUUGGGAAAUAAUCUGAACCUUUUUUUUUUUUUUACUCACAAACAUGCAACAAAAAAUUAUUUAUUUUAUUUUUUUAACUAAAAGGGAUUUCUGGUCUCUGAAUGUUUCACUACAUUUUAUACAUCAUCACUACCGUAUGUUUUGUUCAUUAUUCCAUCCGAUUUUCACUUUAAAGCUAUUUUAAAAUGAAAAUACUACAAGAAAUAGCCAGACAGGUAAAUUAAAAUAGCUUGGAAAAAUGUAAAAGUUGCAGUAAAUUACCUGAGACGUCAUACUUGGCCGUGGAAACCAUAUCUCAAAGGCGACUGCGUUGAGGGUUGAACAGCGGGCCUAACGUCCCUUUGCGGCACCUUUUGAUGUAUUUUUAUUAUUAUUUUAUUUUAUUUUAGGAGACAGUUGAUGGUGAACAGUAGGAACAUUUAGACCGCUUCCUUUGCAGGACUGAUGAGUCUGUCGCUGCGCUCAGCUGAGGCUCACAGCAAAGUAGCACAUUUAAAUAUAGAUGCUACAGUGACGUGGACAUUUAUCUGUAGUUUUAAAGGCGUUGAAAGCUCAGAUGCUGAAUGAGCUGCUCAGUUAUGAGCGGAUUGAGCUUUUUUAAAUAAGUAGACAGUUUGAAACUAAACAUCAUUAAAUAUGUAGUGUAAUCUGAGGAAAAUAAAAGUUGUCUUUAAAUAGAAAUGGCCCUCAUGCCAGCAAUAAACGGAUUAUGACUAAGUUCAUUGUAUGGAGCCUGAUACAUAACACUCCCUUAUCAAAUAUUGGCACCCAUGGUAAAAAUGUGUGUGAAAAAAAAAAAAAA